AAGACCGUCAGGGAAGACCACAUUUGAGAUUGGAGGAGGGAACUGGACAUACAAACAGUUCAGUAAGACGAGGAUCAGCAGACAAACUGGACACUCAACAAGACAGACAGACGGACAGACAGACAGGACGGAUGACACAGGUGGAUGCUGAGGACAGACAGUUGCAGCCAUGACGAGCAGAAAAAUGUCCUUUUUUGAGAUGUGGAGGAGCAAGAAGGAGAGAGGAGAACUUCUGAAGAGAGCCAAUCAGCUGAGACUCCGUCCUCCACAGCUGAGGCGAUUGCUAGGUGACAGUGGGGUUCGGGCAGCGCUGAAGAACACCAGAAUGGCGUCCCUGCUGCCCCCUGUUGGUACGGAGGUCUUCAGACGCUUGACACCAGCUUCUUUAAGGAAGAUCCAACAACAACAUGAAGAUGAGGAGAUGGAGCUCCAGACGAGGAAGAGGAGCAAAGAGGUAACAGAAAACGACCAGCCAAAACCAGCCAGUGACCUGGAGGCCGGGAAGCCCCUCCCAUUCUUCUACGGAAACCCGCCCCCUGAGCUUCAGAACACCCCAUUGGAGGAGCUGGAUCCCUUCUACCAAUCACAGAAGACGUUCAUCGUGCUCAGUAAAGACAACAUAAUUCACAGGUUUGAUGCUGAGCGGGCCUGUUACCUGCUGAGUCCAUUCAACCCGCUGAGGACUGUCGCCAUCAAGAUCCUCACUCACUCUUUAUUCAGUUUGUUCAUCAUGGUGACGAUUAUGACCAACUGUGUGUUGAUGACGAUGUGUCAUCCUCCAGGGUGGAGCAAGACUGUGGAACACAUUUUCACAGCCAUCUACACCUUUGAAGCCAUCAUGAAGGUUGUUUCCAGAGGCUUCUGUGUCAACAAGUUCACCUUCCUCAGAGAUCCCUGGAACUGGCUGGACGUCAUGGUGAUCAUCACAGGAUUGCUGACAGAGUUUGUGGACUUUGGCAAAGUUUCUGUGCUGAGGACAGUUCCUCGAGUCCUGAAGAUCAUACCAGUCAUCCCAGGUCUGAGGAUGACUGUCGGAGCUCUCGUCCAAUCACUGAAGGGACUCGCUAGUGUCAUCGUUCUGAUGGUGCUCUGCCUCAGUGUCUUGGCUCUGAUUGGUCUGCAGCUCUUCAUGGGAAAUCUGAAGUCCAAAUGUGUCAUUUUGUGGCCAGAAAGCACUGGGAUCCAUUACAAUGAGAGCAUUAACAACUCAAUAAACUACUACUUCCUGCCUCAUCAAUACGACGCUCUGUUGUGUGGAAACAGCUCUGAUUCCGGGCGCUGUCCGGAGGGCUUCACCUGUCUGAAGGCGGGAAACAACCCAAACUACGGCUACACCAACUUUGACUCGUUUGGUUGGUCUCUGCUGUCUGUGGUCAGACUGAUGACCAAAGACUUCUGGGAAAACCUGGUACAGAUGACGUUACGAGCAGCAGGUAAACUCUACAUGACCUUCUUCGUGCUCGUUGUCUUCCCUGGCUGCUUUUGCGUCCUCAGUCUCACUGUGGCGGUCGUUGCCAUGGCGUCCAGUGAGCGGGAUGAAGACGCCGUCACCAAGCUCAAACAGAGAGAAGAAGACUUCGGUCGGAUCCUGGAAGCAAUAAAGAGAAGAGAGGAAGAGGAGCAGGCAGCCUGCAGGGCGGCGCUCUCACCGGAGCCUGAUGGUGAAAACACAGAGAGCAUGGAUGGUCCAGACAAGGACCAGAGGUCUUGUCCUCCGUGUUGGUCUGUCUUCGCCGACUGCCUCCUGAAGUGGAACUGUUGUGGCUGUUGGCGGUGGCUCAAACAGGGGCUCUACAUCUUCACCACCAGCCUGUUCUUUGAGCUGGGGGUCGUCAUCUGCCUCAUUCUCAACAUCAUCUUCACUUGCAUGGAGCAUUUUCCAAUGACGGAGCACUUUGAGAGGAUGCUGAGUGAAGCACAAUUGGUCUUCACAAUGAUCUUCAUAGCUGAAAUGGUCCUCAAACUCGUGGCCAUGGACCCAUACGGAUACUUCCAGGUAGGCUGGAACAUCUUUGACAGCAUCAUCGUCGCCAUCAGCCUGCUGGAGCUGUCUGUCGUUGUUAGUCUUCGCUUGUUUGUAGUGAUGCGAGUGUUCAGGCUGGCCAGGUGGUGGCCAUCCUUCCACAUGUUGAUUAAGGUCAUCUGGACCUCGGUGAGAGCUCUGAGGAACCUGUGUCUCUUCCUGCUUGUCAUGGUCUUCAUCUUCAGCCUGGUCGGCAUGCAGCUGUUCCAGCAGGACUACAAGGAACACGUCUGUCGCAUCGCAAUAGAUUGCCAGCUUCCUCGUUGGCAUAUGAAUGACUUCUUCCACUCCUUCCUCGUCAUCAUCAGGGCCCUGUGUGGAGAGUGGAUCGAUAUCACGUGGGACUGUAUGGAGGUCUCAGGUCCGACCACGUGUCUGAUAUUCUUCCUGAUGGUCCUGGUCAUCGGAAACCUGCUGGUCCUGAAUCUGUUCCUGACCUUGCUGCUGAGCUCGUUCACCACUGAUUGUCUGGAGGAUCCAGAAGAAGAAGAAAAAAGCAACCUGCAGAUCGCCAUAAGGCAGAUCAACAGGGCUUUGGGGACUUUGCUGGGAAAGAACAAUCAUGUCAACCCAAGCCACCCAGAGGUAGACACUAAGGAAGUCAGCAGGAAGAAGUAUCUGGACUCUACCUUUGUGGCCUCAAACCAGCCUGUUUCAGAGGUCAAGGACCUCAUCUGUGACCAUGGCAACCUGACCAGCGACUCCCAGUGUGUCUCCUACGCCAAUGAAGAGAAGACACCUGAAGAUGAAGAAGAAAAAGAGAAAAGAAGACAUCCUGAAAUCCAGCAGCACGAAGACAGUGAUGAUCAGAUUGGAGACACGCCUGAGGACUGCUGCAGCGACAAGUGUUAUCAUUGCUGUCCGUUCCUGGACGUAGACACGUCCCAUGGAAGAGGGAGGGUCUGGUCUAACUUCAGAAGGGCAUGUUUCUCCAUCGUCCAACACAAAUGCUUCAAGGGCAUCAUCAUCUCCAUCAUCCUGCUGAGCAGUGCAGCUCUGGUGUUUGAGGACAUUCACUUGCAGCACCGUCAGGUGUUGAACAUGGUUCUGGAGAGGGCAGAUCAGGUGUUCACCUGUUUUUUCCUAAUCGAGAUGAUUCUCAAGUGGAUCGCCUUCGGACUCAAGAAAUACUUCAGCGACGCCGGGAGCUGGGUCGACUUCCUCAUUUUACAGGUCUAUCUGGUGUCUCUGGCCGCUGACACGUUUGGAUUCUCUGAAGUUGGAGCCUUUCAGUCUUUGAGGACUUUUAGAGCUCUGGGGCUCCUCAGGGUCAUUUCGCGCAUCCCGGGCCCGAAGGUGGUGGUGCAGGCUCUGGUCCGGACCGGCCCGUCCAUGUUUAACUUCCUGCUGGUGUCUCUAGUCCUCUGGAUGGUCUUCAGCAUUGUGGGAGUGAAUCUGUUCGCUGGGAAAUUUCAGUACUGUUUCAAUGAGACGUCAGAGGAAAUAUUCUUAUCUGAGGAUGUGAACAACCAGUCCGAUUGUCUCUUUCUGAUGUUUGAAAACUUCACUGAGGUCCGCUGGAAGAACGCAGAGUUAAACUACGACAACGUGUUGAACGGUUUCCUGACGCUGCUACACCUGGGGGCUUCAUCAGACUGUUCGGAUGUCAUGUACUCAGCUGUGGACACCACAUGGGUGGAUUCACAGCCGGUCUAUGACUCCAACAUGUACAUGUACUUGUACUUCAUCUGUUUCACCAUCUGCAAUUUCUUCACUUUCAACUACUUCAUCAGAGUCAUCAUUGACAACCUGCAAAGAGACAAGUCUGCAGUGAAACCUAUUUUUAUGACAAAGGAGCAGCAGGAACAUGGUAGGACUUUUACGACACGUUUGAUGAAACCUCAGAAACUGGCUCCACGACCUCAGAAUUGCUUCCAGGCUCAGCUCUUUGACCUGGUGACUAACCGUGGUUUUAGAGUCGUGAUGGCGGUGGUGAUCUGCCUCAACAUGGUGACCAUGAUGGUGGAGACGGACCAGCAGAGCCAGGAGACAGAUACCAUUCUGUAUAUGCUCCACUUCGUCUUCAUCGUCAUCUUCUUCACAGAAUUCAUUCUCAAGAUCAUCGCCCUCAGAAAGCACUACUUCACCGACGGCUGGAACAUCCUGGACUUCGUGGUGAUCUCAGUCUCCAUCAUCGGCCUUUUCUUUCAAGACCUCUUAGAGAAAUACUUCUGCUCGCCUUCUCUCGUCAUCGUGCUGCGAGUGGUUCAUAUCUUUCGUAUCUUCUACUCGGUCAGGGGUAUCGGGAAGCUGCUUAAUGCCUUCAUGAUGUCACUUCCUGCCCUCUUCAACAUUGUCCUUCUCCUGUUCAUCAUCCACUUCACCUCCUCCAUCUUCGGCAUGUUAAACUUUGCCUAUGUGAAGAGGGAGUACAUGAUCGAUGACAUGUUUAACUUCGAGACUUUUGGGAGUAGCAUGAUCUGUUUGUUAAUGAUGAGCACUUCAGCUUCAUGGGGCGGUCUUCUGAGUCCCAUGAUGAAAUCGUCGCCGGACUGCGAACCCGACAUGGAGAACCCAGGAUCGGUGAUCAGAGGCAACUGUGGCAGCCCGGCAGUCGCCAUAGUCUUCCUUGUCACCCACAUCUGCCUGACCUUCCUGCUGGUGGUCCACCUGUACAUCGCUGUCAUCCUGGAGACCUUCAAGUCUGAGGACGCCGAGACACUGAGUGACGACGACUUCCAGAUGUUUUAUAAAACCUGGAAGAAGUUUGACCCAGAAGCCUCGCAGUUUAUACAGUACAGUGAGUUGUCAGAUUUUUGCGAUGCUCUGCAGGAUCCUCUGAGGAUUCCUAAAUCAACCCCCAUCAAACUGACCCACAUGGAUCUGCCUCUACUUCCUGAAGAGAAAAUCCACUGCUCGGACGUGCUUCAUGCACUCUCCACACAGGUGUUGGGUGACUCAGGAAAAAUGAACGCCUUCAAAGCUAAAAUGGAGGAAAAGUUCAUGGCCAAUCUGUCCAAGAUGUCAUGUGAACCAAUCAGCAGCACCCUGCAGGGAAAACAGGAGGACAGGGAACAUGUCCUGCAGCAAAGAGAUGAUAAAGAGACAGCCGUGGAGUCUGAGGGUGGUGGUGGUGGUGGUGGUGUUUCAGCUCCACACUGCUCCUCCCUUUAAGGCCCCGAUGACUUCCUGCCAGAUGAGAACCUUAAGGACUCUUUCAUGAUCACCUGUGGACUAGGUUCUCACAUCAGAGACGACCCAAAUUAAAGUUUUUGAUGAUAUUAAACGUUACGAAUAAAAAUGAUAUAAAUACUAAUCCAGGUUAUGAUAAGCAUUCAUAUAACACCUGUGAUUGUAGGCUAUUCACCUCAGAAUAUCAAAUCUUCUUUCAUGUGAUUUUGUCUCGUAUCAGAUAACAUCUAGCUCAGAUUUUAGACUGUUUCAUUUACACUCAGUCACAGAUCUGUGUCCCUGAUUACAGGCUUUAUUAUGUAAAACAUUAUAUUACAUUUACAUACAAGCAUAAAUAUUACCAUUUUAUAGACGUUUAAAAAACAUUAGUAUUGUAAAGUAACAGCAUAAAAAACUUAAUUUUACAUUUUAUUCUAUUUUAUCAUUUUUUAUCAUAAACUUACAAUUGUACUAUUUUAUUCAUUUUUACUUCUUAUAGUCUACAUUUUUUAUGGUGUUUUGUUAAACAGCGUUGAUAUUUUGCUGUUGAUUCUAUAUCUCUUUUACAACUUUGAAAUUAAAU